CGCAGCCCCCCACUGGCCCCAGCAUCCCCUGCGCGGGGAAGCUGGGUGCCUCGGAGAGGCUGGCCAUCAUGCCACCUCCUCUCCUCUUCUUCCUCCUCUUCCUCACCCCGGUGGGAGUCAGGCCCCAGAAAUCUCGGCUGGUGGAAGCUACAGAGGGAGGCAAUGCUAUGCUGUCGUGUCUUUCCUCUGAGGAUAACCAUGAUCAGGUGGCCUGGUAUCAGGCGUGCCAGGCGCAGCGGAACCGGAGCCGAGGGCUGCCAGGCCUGGGCACCCAGGUGUGGCCCCCGGGCAUCCUGCUGCUCAUCUCCAACAUCUCUGACGAGAUGGGGGGCUUCUACCUGUGCCAGCAGGGGCCCCCUUCCCAGCAGGCCUGGCAGCCUGGCUGGGCAGUCAGCGUGAACGGCAGCGGGGAGCGGUUCCGCUGGAAGGCUUCAAACCCAGAUGACCCGGGCUGUGACCCGGGGAACAGGUCCACAGAGGACCCCGGGCCCUCGUCUGAUGGCCUCACAAGCUCCCAGCUGUACGUAUGGGCCGAAGACCACCCCGAGCUCAGGGAGAAAGACCCUGCCUGUGCCCCCCCUCAGGGCAGCUCAAACCAAGACCUCACAGUGCCCCCUGGCUCCACGCUCUGUCUGCCCUGCGGGGUGCCUUCUGCUUCUGUGGCCAGAGGACCCGUCUCCUGGAUCCACGUGCACCCCGGAAAGCCCAACAUCUCAUUGCUGAGCCUGAACCUGAGCGAGGAGGCUCCCGUCAGAGAGAUGUGGGUCCUGGGCACCCUCAGCGGAGGGGUUGUUCUGUGGCUGCAUCAGGCCACGGCUCGAGAUGCUGGCGCCUAUCAUUGUUACCAUGGCAACAGGACCGUCGAGAUGCAGCUGAGAGUCACUGCCCGGUCAGCAGUGCGGUGGUGGCUGCUGAAGGCUGGAGGCUGGAGGGUCCCGGUGGCGGCCUUGGUGUACCUGAUCUUCUGCAUGGGCUCUGUGGCUGGCUUCCUUUAUCUGCGGAGAGCGCUGACCCUGAGGAGGAAAAGAAAGCGAAUGACAAACCCCACCAGAAGGUUCUUCAAAGUGACGCCUCCCCCGGGCAACGGGGCCCAGAGCCAGUACGGGAACGUGCUCUCCCUGUCCUCGCCCACGGCUGGCACGGGACGCUCCAACCGGUGGGCUGCAGGCCUGGCCGCCGCCGCCCAGUCCUACGGAGGAAACCCGUACAACGAGGUCCAGGAGGCCGGAGCCGCGGGGUCCCGGAGCCGGACGGGGGCAGCUGAUGAUGGCCCAGACGAAGAAGAAGGGGAGGCGUAUGAGGAGCCGGACAGUGAGGGGGGCUCCUAUGAGAACGACUCCAACCUGGGCCAGGACCAGCUCUCCCAGGAUGGCAGCGGCUACGAGAACCCUGAGGAUGGGGCCCUGGGUCCCGAAGAAGAAGACUCCUUCUCCAAUGCAUCUGAGCUGUAUGAGAACGAAGACGAAGAGCUGGCCCAGCCAGUGGCCAGAACAAAAGACUUCCUGAGCCCCCCUGGGACUGCCUGGGACCCCAGCCGCGAGGCAACAUCCCUUGGGUCCCAGUCCUACGAGGAUAUGAGAGGGAUCGUGUAUGCCGCCCCCCAGCUCCGCUCCCUUCGGGCCCCGCCUGGCCCCAACCACGAGGAAGAUGCGGAUUCUUAUGAGAACAUGGACAAUCCUGAUGGGCCAGAACCAGCGUGCGGAGGAGGGAGCCACAAGGGUGCCUGGAGCUCCCGCUGAUUCCCUGCAGGUGCAAUUCUGCAGAUGGGAAACUGAGAGCCAGGGUCAACUAACAUGUCUAAGGUCACACAACUAGCACUCACAGAGCUGGGUCUGAGUCCAGAAAUCCGGCCGCCAUUCUAGCCACUGUGCCCACCUGAUCAACUGCCUACUUCUGAUACAAACCACCAGCAAAAAGACUUCCAGAACUACAAGUCUCCGGGCCCUGAAACCAUUUUGUAGAAGCUCCGCCACACUCCAGUUCGCUUCUCAGGCGAGGGUGGAACCAGCUGCCUUCUGCCUGCCGCCUUCUGCCUGUCUCCCAGCUCCCGUGCUCUCCGGAGCCCAGGGCUGGCUGAAGCCCAGCCCCUUGUCUGCCCAGGAAGUGCCGAUGUCUUUGCAAGACUGACUAGACUUUUCAGCAUCUACAGCUUUAUUUCCACCAUUACUUUUCCUGAUGUACCAGUUCUUUCUUCUAAUGUCCUGUGUUUGUCUCAGAGACUCUAUUCCUUCUCUGCCUCUGACCCUUCAAAACUUACUUUAACACUAUUAUUACGCACUGGGCAUUAUUCUAAGAAGUGCUUUAUGGGAGCAUCUUGUUUCAUCUCUAUAACCUCUUAGGAGGAAGGUACUAAAAUAAUUG